ACGGCCAUGGCUAAUCUAUCGAUCGACCAACCUGCAGAGAAACCUCGGCGACGAGAUGCGGGAGUUGUCCCAGCACAGGUGGUUCGUCCAGUUCCGCGCGGAGAGAGAUUUCUACGCCGGGGUCUGCAGCGAGGCCGCUGGCUCCGCGCGGAGGCUGCGGAGGAGCAUCGAGCACGAGACGGAGAGAUUCGGCCGCGGCCUCUGGCAGCAAAAGAAAAAGAUCUUGGAUGCCUACCUUGCCUUGAGCGGAGUAAAUUAUGUUCUCAAAUUUCCAGCGGAGCCAGCAGCCAUAGAUGAGUUCGCUGCUGAGAAAGCCUUGAAGGAGGAUGCCAUGAAGUGGAGGUUUGAGGAGCUGUGGAUGACCGAGCACGGCAGUAAGUACAAGCACAAGGAGUGGAGGAAGGCGUGGCUCUAUGACAAGUACAAGAAAUGCGCCCAGGAUGUCGACAAGCGCAACACGGAGGGCGGUGGGGCUGCCUUCGGGACAGACCAGUUCUGGGACGAAACCGAGCAAGAGUUCCGCGAACGCACGGGCCGCAAGCUCGAAGACUGAUACUGCAGUAUAUGGCGUGCUCUCUGUGGCACCGAUGCUUGGGUCAUUGAUAGAGAGGACAUACGGUUUGCCGUGUUGAACUAAUUAGCAUUUGCUCUGAAUCACGAAUGCUCUGGAUAUUUCACUCUAUGUAUGUAGUAGCCGUGACAUGAUGAAUGUGGUAAGUGUGAUGUAUCAACGACUAGCAUAUGGAAUCAGCAUCUUUAACGUGUACGUGUUAA